AUGCCAUCUCCCGAAUGCUUCUUCGACUUUAGUAGCGUUGACAACGAUAAUACACAAAUAGAUGAAUGCGCGCAAACAUCUUUCGAUGAGAUAAUAAGUCAGGCUAGCGAGAAGAUUGAAGAAGAGGCAAAUAACCAACGGAUAUUAAUUCAGGAUUUAAUCAAUCAACUACAUUUACCGGAUUCGUUAUCUGCUGACG